AUGUCAAUUCAGAUAGAUUGGCAGCGGCUAAUUGAGGAUGCCGAGGUUGUAGAGAAUAGACUCAAAGAAUUUCUAGAUGAGCAGUUUCAGCGCAUUGAUCUCCCGCCGUUCAUUCAGUCGCUCUCGGUGUCGUCUUUCAAGCUUGGAGGUAUUCCACCAGAGAUAACUAUCCGGCACAUCUCAGACCCAUUCCCUGAGUUUUAUGAAGAAGAAGACUCUGACACCGAUGGAGAGGCUAGCUCGAAGAAUACUACCCCGACCCCCAAAGGUCACGGUUCUCUGAAGGACCCGUCGAAACGACUAAGAGCCUCUAGGCUAAUGAGCCCGGUAAGCGAAAUACCAACAAAACCUUUUGGAAGAACAUCGACUCCUUCUGGAUCACUCAAUUACUUUCCACAUAACCAUGGAAGCCAACCAAACGAGCUCUCAACUGCCGCUAAUGAUAUCUCACAGAUUAUAGACGAGCAGGAUGGGUUUGAGUCCGCAGAAAACUCUGAAAGUAUUGAAAAAGAGUCUUUUGAGGAUCUUGGGCUCGAUGAAACAUACUCACCGCUGGAUGCGCAGAUGUUUGUUGAACUUCGAUAUGCAGGCGAUACGCAGCUCGGAGUGGCAGCUACCUUACUCGUAAACUAUCCCGCUCCUGGGUUCAUUUCUCUACCGCUUGAGUUUAAGAUUACAGGACUCGAGAUACAUUCUUUGGCGGUCAUUGCAUAUAUAAAAAAACGGGUGCAUUUGAGCAUUUUGUGUGAUAUUGACGGAAAUGAUCAGAUGUCCAGCGACGAUGUCAAGGUAAUAACACAGCUCAAUAUGGAGUCGAAAAUUGGUGAUCAUGGCGAAAAUGGUGCGGUACUACGCAAUGUGAGCAAGGUGGAACAGUUUAUUCUCGAGCAGUUGAGGAGAGUUUUAAGAGAUGAGUUAGUCUGGCCUGGAUGGAUCACUCUCGAGCUCUAA